AUGCAUUUUGGUAAUAUCAUCAAACCAGUGCUGUUCGCAGUCCUCGUGCACGGAUAUGCAAACCCUGGCAGUUGUUCAGGGGCCUGCAAUGUGCACGACCCGACGUUGAUACAAAGAUCGUCGGACAAGCGUUAUUUCCGAUUUUCUACUGGCAACAAGAUUUCUUAUGCGAGCGCCUCGUCUAUCAACGGCCCAUGGACUACCAUUGGGUCCAUGUUGCCUAGUGGAUCUUCUAUUGAUCUCGCCGGAAAUGAUGACCUGUGGGCCCCCGAUGCGCAGCUUGUGAAUGGUCUUUACUAUGUUUAUUACUCUGUAUCGACAUUUGGUUCACAGAAUUCGGCCCUUGGACUAGCCACAUCUUCAACCAUGGAGUCAGGCUCCUGGACUGACCAUGGAGCAACUGGUAUUGCCUCGUCGUCUGCCAAGGCAUACAAUGCCAUCGAUGGCAAUUUGUUCAAUGAUGGUGGUACUUACUAUAUGAAUUUCGGCUCCUUUUGGCACGAUAUCUAUCAGGCUCCAAUGAGCUCGGAUGCCACUAAAGUCGCAUCUUCGUCCAACAAUCUGGCGUAUGACUCCUCUGGAACACACGCUGUGGAGGGGGCCUAUAUGUAUAAGUAUGGAAGCUACUACUAUCUCUUUUACUCUGCCGGCAUCUGUUGUGGCUACGACACAUCUCGCCCCGCUAGCGGAGCAGAAUACAAGAUCAAGGUCUGCCGAUCGACCUCACCUACUAGCGGAUUUGUUGAUGCCGCAGGUACUGCUUGCACCAACGGGGGUGGCACAGUUGUUCUAGAAAGUCACGGUACAGUCUACGGUCCUGGUGGACAGGGUGUGUUUUCCGAUCCUACCCUCGGCCCAGUGCUUUACUACCACUAUGUUGAUACCACUGUGGGCUAUGCCGAUGGCCAGAAACUCUUUGGGUGGAAUAAGAUCGAUUUCUCAAGCGGAUGGCCAGUGGUUUAGUUAGUUAGUUAGAUUAAAGUGUGUUAGUGCCUAAUUCUUCAGGCCAUAUACUGUUUCUUCUCUUUCAUCUCUCUCUCUCUCUUUCUCGUUAUUCUUUCUCCUCCUCCAGUUCUCUAUCAGCUUGCAAUACGAUCGAUGACUGAGCUUCUUGUUUCCACUCGUUGAUAAAGUGGCUUUUCUUGGUAUGUUUGCGUCAAGCAAAUGUGAUAUAAGUGUUGAACUAUGCAUGCAUGCCUCAGUCACCCUGGAUGCUUUUGUAUAACCAUCCCAUUAAUGCCUUUCAUGCCUUUGUUCAGGCCUUUGUGCAGUUAUCUCAUAGAUGCCUGUUUGCUUGCAG